AUGCCCUCUUGGCUGCCCCGUCUUGCCCGGUCAGCUGUACCUGCAGCGGUCAGCCCAGGACGGAAUCUUGCGAAAGUCGCAGCUGCCUCCUGGCUGAGCCAAGCCCUGUCCAUCCAGCUCAGCUGCUCCCUCUUCUGGAGGGCUGCUAGUAGAAGGCCCUUCCAUGUGCACGUGCCACCGCUGCCCCUCAGUGCAGACCAAGGGUGUGGGUCCAGCCUCUCAGCCGGCCGGCCUUCCUUCCUUCUGCAGCUGCCCAAUAUGUUUGGCGAUCUCCGCUCCACCUUCAUCGCCCUCAUGAUCGGCUCCUACGCUUCUUCGGCUGUAACCUUCCCAGGGAUCAAGGUGAUCUAUGACGUUGGGGUCUCCUUCAUUGUCAUCCUGGUCGUCUGGGCCUGCUGUGCGGGGCUUGUCUUCUUCAACUGCUUCUUCAACUGGCCGCUGGAGCCCUUCCCAGGCCCAGAAGACAUGGAUUAUACGGUGAAGAUCAAGUUCAGCUGGCUGGGCUUUGACCACAAGAUCACAGGCAAGCAGUUCUACAAGCAGGUGACCACGGUGGGCCGGCGGCUGAGCGUGGGCAGCUCCAUGAAGAACCAGAAGGAGGUGGCUCCCCUGCAGGGCAGCCACAAGCUCUGCCUCUCCACUGUCGACCUGGAGGUCAAGUGUGAGCCGGACAAUGUGGCCUCCCCCAUCAUUCAUGCACAGUGUCUUCAGCCCCCAUCCUCCUCCGCAGCCUGA